AAUUUGCUUCGCACCAACUCAAGCCCCCAUGAAGAGACUCUCCACCAUCUUCCUCCCUUCAGCUACACCCUCACUUUCCAUCUCUUUCGCUCUCUCCCCACAAUUCAUACUCACUUCCUUCUAUAAAGCCAGACCCACCAAACAUCUCUUCAUCUCAUUCACAUUCGCAUUCCUCUGGUCAGCUUUCGCAAGAGAAAUGGAGGGCAUCAAGUGGUCGCUUCUCGUGGCGUUGCUGCUGCUGUCGCCCCUCGUCGUGUUCGGGGACGACGACGCGGCGGCGGUGAAGCCGGUGGUGAAGAUGGUGAAGGGGAAGAAGGUGUGCAGCAAGGGGUGGGAGUGUAAGGGGCUGUCGCCGUACUGCUGCAACAGCACCAUCUCCGACUACUUCCAGGCGUACCAGUUCGAGAACCUCUUCUCCAAGAGGAACUCACCCGUGGCCCACGCGGCCGGCUUCUGGGAUUACCACUCGUUCAUCACGGCUGCCGCGGAGUACCAGCCCCACGGGUUCGGGACCACCGGCGGGAAGCUCACGGGGAUGAAGGAGGUCUCCGCAUUCCUCGGCCACGUCGGGAGCAAAACAUCUUGUGGGUAUGGAGUAGCGACGGGAGGGCCACUGGCAUGGGGGCUUUGCUACAACAAGGAGAUGAGCCCGAGCCAAUCCUACUGCGAUGAUUACUACAAGUACACGUACCCUUGCACUGCUGGUGUUGAAUAUUACGGCCGUGGCGCCAUCCCCAUUUACUGGAACUACAACUAUGGAAAAACGGGGAAGGCCCUGAAGGUGGACCUGCUGAGCCACCCGGAGUACAUCGAGAACAACGCCACGCUGGCCUUCCAGGCGGCGAUCUGGCGGUGGAUGACGCCGGACAAGAAGCACCAGCCCUCGGCCCACGACGUGUUCGUCGGCAACUGGAAGCCCACCCGGAACGACACCCUGGCCAAGCGGGCCCCCGGGUUCGGCGCCACCAUGAACAUCCUCUACGGGGAGGACGUCUGCGGCAAGGGCGACGACGAGCACAUGAACAACAUGAUCUCCCACUACCAAUACUACCUCGACCUGAUGGGCGUCGGCCGCGAGGAGGCCGGGCCGCACGAGGUGCUCAGCUGCGGGGAGCAGGCCGCCUUCAACCCGUCGUCGGCAUCGCUGGCGUCCUCGUCCUCGUCCUCGUCUUCUUGAGCUCCGGCAAGCGAUGUGUUUUGUCAUUGUAUAGAAAUGUAUAGGAAAUUUAAACAAGAGUGUGGGGGAAGGAAAGAAUAAAUGAUGCAGAGAGAUUUUUGUAAUUGUGCUCAAGUUUGGCGACCGAUUCGGAAAGUGUAUUCAAAGUUGUGAAUUUCCAAGAUAAUAUGAUAUCUAAUCCGAUUGAUCAUUGCAUUUUCAGUGA